GGUGCUUGUCAUUCUCAAUUUGUUGAAGAAGUAUGCUUAUCUUCUCUUACUUACCUCUGUCAAGCGCGAACAGAGAUAAAGGAGCUCAACUAGGUAGCUUUGUAAUUCAAUAGAUUCACUAUAGUGACCACAGAGGCGACGAAGAAUCUGACGUGCAUCGACAUCUAGAAUCUCGAGGAGCAGCCAGACGAAUGGACCUUAUGUACAACAACCAUGACGAUGUAUCCAACGUGCAUUUAUCGAGCUCAACCGAAGGGGCAGACGGAUUGAGCGAAACUUUGAAUUCCACGCUUGGGUUUAGACAACGGCAGCGGCAACAACAACAACGCGAACACGAACGAUUGCGAGCUAAUCGCAUUGUAACAGCAUUGUCGACAGAAACAGCGAGCGACGGCGAAGAACCAGUAACCGACGAUGGAGACGAAGAUUAUGAAGACGUCGAAGAAGAAGAGGAAGAAGAGAUGUCAGAGGAUGAAGACUUUGAACACCCGUGGCAAAGAUAUUAUGACGAACCGGAUUAUAGCGAGGAUGAGGAUGAGCAUUUGCAUCCCUGGAGAAGAUAUUACAGGCGUGCUGUAGAAGAAGAGCAGCAGACACGUCGUCGACCUGUGCCAAUAAAUCAAAUGGACGAUUACGAUAUCGAUCGAUUCAAUGACGAAGUAUAUGACUAUAAUAGUCGGAUGGCUCGAGACGAACUACGCCAUGACUUGGAAGAAGUGGACGAUAAUUACCACCACCACCGUCUUCAUCUCCAUCACCAUCAUGCACAUAGCCACUUUCAUCAAAAUGGCGUACCAAUGAUUGAGCAUGUGAUCAGUAUGCUUUAUGGGGUUGCUCCAGACCGUGAUGGUUCCGAACAUCCAUUGAGCAGCAUACUCAAUGAUUUGCUUCAAAAUCAGGAUGGAUCGGUUCAGCGUGUUGCUGCAUCAUCAGAAGAAAUCGAAAAACUUGAAAAGCGAGAGCUCAAGGAAGGAGAUCCAGGUCAGUGACCCAUCGUACAACAUGUGAUAAGACACAGUUUUACAUUGAGCUUAUGAAUCUUUUGCUUGGCUAUUAGAUGUAGAAACCGAAUGCAUCAUUUGUCAGGAUGCAUUUGGUAUUAAAACUGAGCUUAUCAAGAUGCCAUGCAAACAUGAAUAUCACGGCAAGUGUAUCCGUCAUUGGUUGGGAGUUAGCACAACUUGUCCUAUGUGGUAUGUUUAUUUGGCGUACUGA